AUCUGCGGUGAUCCACAACGGUUGAAUGUGGCAGAGCUGAGCUUCUUUGUUCGAGAUAUUCACACUUUUUGCCACAAAGAGAACAACCUGAAGUUACACUUUUGUGAGUUCCUACAUGCUGGCUGGCAUUUUGCACAGUUAGUGCUGCCAAUUCGGGAACUUUGUGAGUUACAAGGCGCCACUUGGGUCUUUUGUUUUUCUUCAUUUUUUUCUCUUCUUCCAGUUUUUGUGUUGUGAUCUAAACGAGCAGCUUCAGAUAUGCUGCCACCCAACCUAAGUGGGGGAAAAAAAGAAAUGAAGCAGUUUUGGUCCUAUCAUGCCCUUGCAUGUGGGCAAGGAGAGCCACAGUUGGCAAUGCACGUGAUCAAACACACAAGUACUAAAUAAAAACACUUGCAAAGAGCUGCAUUAGACCACAUCUCAUAACCGGACACUCACACUCAGAAAGCUCCUAAUGCCACACACUAGGCCACACCCCUUGAAGGCAACAUCCAACACACACACGAAAAAAGUUUAUUUCUCGGUUGACUGUUUUACACAAGACAACUAUUUUUAUUCAUUAAACAUGUAAAAAUUUUGUUUUGGGAGGUACAGAAUAGAAAAACGUCAUUUUAUUCUCAUCUCAAAAGAAUAUGAGUAAUGAGUUACUGAUAUGUGCUUGGUCACAAACUCUCAAGUCAAGAUUCCACUGUAUGUGCUACAUGUCAUGUAUAAAGUCAACCAAAGGACCACGGUAUGUUAUUGAUGUUUUGAUGCAUCUCUUUGUUUCUCUGAAAAAUCCUGCUCAGCCCGUAAAAGUCAGUCAAGGGUCGACCUACAGCGAACUUCUGUCAGUCAUUGAGGAAAUGAGUCGUGAGAUCCGGCCCACAUACGCUGGAAGCAAAAGUGCGAUGGAGAGACUAAAGAGAGGUAUCAUUCAUGCACGUGCACUGGUCAGGGAGUGUCUGGCAGAGACGGAAAGAAGCGCCCGUACAUAACCCUUCCUCCCCGUCCCCUCCUCCUUAUCCAUCAUCCGUUGUUAGUUUUUAUUUUCUGGGUGUUUUUUUUUUUUUUUUAAUUACAUUGGCCUUGUCAUUCUACCAGGCCAUUCUCUUGAAACUACUAGUUCCGUUUUCUUUUUUUUUUUUUUCAGACGGCCUGUGGAUAUUUUAAGUAGAGCCGUGCGUAAAAAGUAGAUUAAACCAUUUUAUAUUUGUUGACAGCCAGACAGACCAAAUUAUGUCUCCUUUAAGUUAAAACCAAAACUUGUUCUCAAGUUGUGAAGUUUUUUUCCUUACCUUUAUUCAUUUGCGCAUCAUGAAUCGAGACCAUUUGCUUUCCUGCUCACCUGCAUUGGUCCUAUUUUCUAGUCAACGUUCAACAAGAACUAUGUACUGUACCUCUCAAGUCAAUUUGUUAUUGUGGGAAUUUUGUAAACCAAACUUUUGCAGUUCAGUAUGUAUAUCUGAAUUAAAAUGAUAUAAAAGAAAUC